AUGAAUUCAAUCUACAAUCAUGGUCUAAAACAAACACAAACAAUCACGCGAGACUUAACAGAAUUUGAAAAGAAUUUAUCCACAUCACCAUUGUCAUUACAAGGGGCAAUUACAACAUCAAUCACAGCAUUUAAAAAAACCAUCAAAGAAUAUUCAGAUUUAUUAGAUAAGGCAACUACAGACUCAACGUAUACAAAACACGAAAGCAGAUUGACUAAGUUCAAUCAAGAUCUAGAACAAUUCACAACAAAAUUUGAUUCACUAAAGAAACAAAGAGAAAUUUCAUUACAAGAAUCAAAUAAACAAGAAUUAUUAGGAAGAAGACAUAUACCAACAUCACAACAAUCAUCAGAUAAUCCAUAUGAUCCCAAUUCACAACCGCAAAAUGUUAUGCCACAGCGAGAAGGAUUAUAUAAUGAAAAUCAAGCCUUAUCAAGAGGGUCUGAACAACUAGAUAGAAUUUUGGAAAUGGGCCAACAAGCAUUUGAAGAUAUUGUUGAACAGAAUGAAACAUUAAGAAAAUUACAAACCAAAUUUGAAGAAGGAUUAAUUGUAUUAGGAGUAAGUCAAGGUACUAUAAGGAGUGUCGAAAGGAGAGCUAAACAAGAUAAAUGGUUGUUUUGGUUUUGUGUUGUUAUGAUGUUAGUAAUAUUCUAUUAUAUCAUCAAGUUUUUCAGAUAG